AUGACUGGAGAGAUUGUUUCCCAUGAGGGAUGGGAUGGCAUUGCUGCAAAAGUUGAAGAUGACAUGGGAGGACCAAAAGGAAUACGAAUUAAGAGCGGCUCGAUUUUGGGCUUCGUUGCCUUCAUUGCAAAGACUAGAGAAAGGAAUGUGAUUGAGAUCUUGGGCAACGAGAUUUGUGCCAACAAGUGCAUUCGCUGUUGGAAGCUGAAUGUGAGCACUGAAACUGUACAACAUGGAGUAGAGGGUUUGAUGUACUUGCUAACUGAGAGCUCCAAAAUGAUGAUUUCCGAGGUGGAUUUCCAGGACUCUGUGCUUGUUUUGGGCUUUCCUGAAGAUCUAAAUAAAUUACUACUUCAGCUUUAUCUGGAUAAUAGGAAAGAGAUUCGGAGUAUCUUGAAUGAGCUGGCCCCAGAUCUCCCACAUUACCACAACUUAGAAUGGAGACUCGAUGUACAGUUGGCCAGCCGUGCCUUAAGGCAACAAGUCAAACCACUCCUAACUCUGAAGUUACAUCUGGAACAGAAUGGACAGCAGAAUGCCAAUAUCCUUCAAACUGAUCCUGCCACCUUGUUGCACCUAAUUCGCAAGUUGGAGCAAGCGCUGGGUGAAAUGAAGACAAACCAUUGCCGAAGGAUAGUACGCAAUAUAAAAUAAGGAAAUGAGAUACUGGCAACCAUUGGCAUUCCCUGUGCCAGAUUGAGACAGACAAACAUUGAGCAAUUUGGGGUGUGAUGGAUGAACCGGUUACUGUUCUGUGUACGUCGUGAUCUUGGUUAUUGGAAAUGGUUUGAAGAAUGAAAGUUGGUUAUAGUCUUUGUUUGCUGUUAGAGGUACGUUGACAUUGGAAAUCAACAACCUUCAUGACAGCUAUCAAAUUAUAAGAUGAUAUUAGGUGGAGCAAUGAAGCCACACCGAAAAGUGCUUUAUAUCGAUUGUUGCCCAUCAGUAAUCUCUGAACUCCACAUAGUCUCUCAGAAGUGCUUCAUUUCUGAUGCCUUGGAUGGAAAUAGGAGCCUAGAUUGGGAGUAUGGGGGCAGGAGGAAUAGUUAGGAAACAGUAGAAGACUGAAAUUUGGAAAAGACUGGAAUAAUUGAUCCUACAAAGCAGCUAAAAUUAACCAGGAGUCAGAAAAGUGUAUUGAGGGGUGGGUUGGGGGAAGACAAACUAUGACAAAAGUACUUCUUACAGGACUGUCCUUAUAUCUCUUUGGGUUAGGCUCAAAUCAGUGCCAAACUGAGGAGGAGGUUUCUCCCCCCAGCUGGCAGCUGCCACAUUCCUGCGUGUAAUCAAUUUGACUUUUUGUCAGCCCAGUUCCUUGUACAGCCUGCACAAAGGCACUGCAUGGGCAGCCUUACUGAUCACAAUGGUAUUUUUGAAAAAAGGAGUUUGUGUUAGGAUGUUUGAGGCAGAGAAGGAGCAAUGCUGUAACUGAGUGAUUGUAUUGCCAUCAUCGACACUGAUUACCUUGAUGAGGGUGAGGAAAAAGGUGAAGAAAACUAUCGCCAAUGUACAGCUCUGAAUGUUGUAGCACAGUCUGUAAUUCGCAAGACCAUUCAUAGAAAACAACAUAUUGAAGCACAUUGUUAGGGCACUGAAACAAUAUAUUGUUUAACUUCUUCUCAGUUGUGUUUUUUUUUCUAAUAUACAAAAGCCAGGUCAUUACUAACAAUUGAAAGAUCACCGUUACAAAAAACUUCACUCAUACUGCCAUGUCCAGUUUCUGUGGGACCAGCAUUAGAUUUGCUAAGUUAAACUUAGUGUACCAGUUAUGCUCAAAACACAGGUAGCAUGAAGAUGCUUUGUAUCGGAUAUCAUAUUUACCAUGUCUUUGUGAUAUUUAAGUCAGAACAUUAGUAUUCCUGGAAUUUUAUUUUCAGUAUUACAAUUUGGAUACCCAACUUGAAUGGAGUUGUUGGUUGGUUCGCCAAGUCAGCUCAGCGAACCAACCAACAACUCCAACUGCGACCCGAGCUACAGAUCUUCAUUCAACCCAACUUGGAUAUUUUGCCACAGUUUCCAAUACGAACAUUGGGCUGAAUAAUGCAGAUUUUGUUUUAUCGUACUCGCUUAAACAUUUUGAACAUUCAUUUCCUGGUUUCUGAGAGAAAUCCUUCUAUCUUUUCCAAAGCCACUCCCCAAUAUCUGAUGAAUUUUUUGGUAUCUUAGCGUUUAGAGACUAGAUGUAGGAUUUACACAAAUGCUCUCCACUGAUUUGUUCCAUUCUAUGAGUAGGGAGCAAGCACAUUGUGCAGUGGUGCCUUCUAGCUAUGUUCUUCAUGUUACUCUUUUCUCAUAGUUGAAAAAGAUGGCCACAAUAAAGUAAAUGCCUUAUUCUGUGCUCUACAUAUAAUCACACUUUUUGGAGAUUUAAUGGAUGAAAUGAAACAUUGAAAUGCCCUGGAGAUAAAGGUACACUUGCACUCAAUCACCCUUAUUAUUCCGUUUUAGUAGUUUUGCAUCUGUUGGUUAAAAGCAAACUGGAAAUGGACACUUUGGGUGGAAUGGCCUUUGCCUUCAUUUGAACAUUGACUGCUGUUCACGGUUACUAAUGAUUUAUCUCUUCAUUAUACCGUAAGGUACGUUCUACUUUAAGUAGUAGUUUUCGACAGCUGUAAAGCUUGAAUCAGGAAAAUAAGGGAAACUUAAGUUCAAAUAUACCCACAUCUCUUUAAUGUUCAUAUUAUUGGAACUGUUCAGAAGUCAACAUGUUCCCAGUAGUCAUUCAAAAAGGUGUUCUAACCAACAAAUCCAAAAUAGUCACCAGUAAUUGUGUAGCUGUCACUCUUUAUAAUAUUUGAUCAUUUGUAAAUUUGUUCAAAUGUUCUCUCUUUUUUUUUUGUAAGGAAUUUCUACAAGUAUUAAUUUGUUUUCUCUUUCACUGUUUCUGUUUGAAUUAUUUUUCAUUAUUUCUGGUUUGUUUAAUUGGUGUAGUAUUGUGAACAUCUUGUUGAGAUUAUUCAAUUACUAAAGUCAAGUGCAAGAAAAUUAGUACAAAAUUUAAGUAGUCUUAACAAUGUGGAAAAGAUUCUCCUUAUACAGAAUUGCAGGAUUGUUUGUGCCAAAAUGGUGUACAGAAGUAAUCUUAUACUUCACUUUAAUGCAAUUUAGUUUAUACUUAUUUCCCAAUUCCUUGCUUAGCUGCCCAUAUUCUUAUAAAAUUCACGUAAUAAAUUAAUUAAUCUGA